AUGCCCAAGAUUCCAAUAGUCAUCAUGGACGGUGCAAUGGCAUCAGAACUGGAGCGCUAUGGCGUCGAAAUGCCAAAGGACGCUACACCAAACCUGUGGUCAUCAAAUGCUCUCCUUUCAGACAUCGAAUCGGUGAAACGUGUUCAUGCAAGCUAUCUACAUGCUGGGGCAAAGGUCCUUUCCACUUGCACAUAUCAGCUUACGCUCCAAGCGGCUGGUAGUGAGCAGAAAGCACGCAUUUUGAUGAAGCGUGCUAUUAAUGCUCUACAUGAGGCCACCAGGGCGUACAAUAUGGUCAAUGAGCGACUAUUAAGUCUUGGGCCGGCUGCAACCAUUCAUCCAUCUGGUGCAGAAUAUUCUGGCGAAUACCGCGGCCCUUUUGAUCCCAAAUCUGCUACUUCCACUGCAGCACUAACCGACUUUCACUUGUCGCGCUUACGGCUAGUAGAACGCGAAGACUGGGACAAGUUAGAUGGUAUACUGUUUGAAACAGUUCCGUUAGUUACCGAGCUUGACGCCAUACGAGCGGCCGUCGGUCACUUUCAGAUAGAAAGUCCAACCUUUUCCAAGCCCAUCUAUAUCAGCAUGGUGUUUCCGAACGGACGCCUCCCAGAAUGGCCUCAGAGCGUUUCUGUUGUGGAUGGUAUGGCGUCCAUUACAUACCGUGCUAUCCAAUACUUUGCGCGGUUCUAUGUGUAUAUCUUACUUCGGAAUGGGCAAAAAGAAAAGGCGCAGUAUUGGAAUGCGCUCAAGAACCAUUUGGGUCUUGGCAGGAAACUGAUGCGUCUCGGAAAGCCAUUGGAGCAUCUCCAGGCUGCGCUAAAAGCCGCGCAGUCACCAUCUCUGUCGUUGCACACCGCCGAGCGACUCACCAGCGUCGGAAGGCAACUGUGCUAUGCAGGAUACCUCACCUUUGAUGGCCUCGUUUGGGCCAACACCAUCAAGUUUGUCAACUUUGUACCGGAGAAGGCAGACAGAGUCCUCAAGAUAUCGCUCCGAUUCUGGCUCGUCGGAAUCUUGUUUGGACAGGCGAACAGUCUCCUCAAAGCUGGCCGUUUGGCCAACGAGGCAAAGGCCCUCAAGGGUGUCAACGAAAAGUCCAUGGGUGAUCGUGCCGCCAAUGACACGAGACUCAAGGUUCUCGAAAAGGAACGAGCGGCAGUGCGCUAUCAACUCCUCUUGGACCUUUUGGAUAUGUGGAUUCCCGCUACAGGACUUGGAGUCGUCAACUUUAACGAUGCAGUCGUCGGCUUGCUUGGCUUCACGACCUCCGUCAUGGCUUUCAGGAGCCAGUGGAACUCUUUGCAAAUGGGAUGA